CACGACUGAACAGCAACAACCAGAACAAGAGCAAAAAGGUUUUUCAGAUAUAUAUUCCUGUAUAUUCUUGAGAUUACUUACAUAUUGAUUUGGAAUAUAUGAUCACUGUACUUUUUUUACCUCUUGCCUAAAUUAUUUUGUCGAGAAAAAUUUUACAUUUUCGUUUAAAAUGUCACCUGUGAAUAUAACUCUUAUUGCAGCACACCGUGGUGAGUACAUUAGUGACGACAAGGAUGAAAAUGUCCAAGAAAUCCUAGAUAUGAUUUCCCAAAUUAAAGUAUAUAGUUUUUCAAUUUAAUCGUCAUCUGAUUUUAAGGCGAUUCAAUUAUUCCAGAUUUGUGGAGCAAGAUGGAUCAUGUCAAAUUUGGGUUUAUAGUAAUUGAUGUGAAAUAGGUUUACUAUUGUGAUUCAUUUUACUGGCUUAAAACACCUGUUGGUGAGAGUGUUGCUCAUCCAUUUCUGUAGUUUGACAAUAAUUAGAUUGGAACAAUUACUUGGUAUCAAACAAUGGCCAAGUGCUUACUAAGAAGGUUUGUCAUUCCUCCACUUGAAUGUGUUUCAUAUCUGUUUUAGUAUACUGUUGUAGGAUAAUCUUUAUGUUUCAUUCAUUAAGCAUUUUGCCAACUCCUACUUAAGCAUUUUGCCAACUCCUACUUAAGCAUUAAGCAUUCCAGUGUUGGUGAUGUAAGUUCAAUAAAUUGUUUUAUUUUCAGUAUCUUUGCUCUGUAUGAAUCACAGUACUCAACUAACUUCCGAAAUAUAAUUCUUUAGAACAAUGUUGUUGAGAUUGGACAGAGUGGUGACACUCCUGUUUACCAUAAGGCUUGCAGCAAAAAAAAUAAGAUGUACAGAAACAAUGUAAAUGCCACCUUCUUUUUGCUAUGAGUGUUGUGUGAAUUAAGCAUCUUGCACAUCUUUUAUUACAGACACAGGGUUAUUUCAGACUUUUAACCGCAACUUCGGAUGAUCCAUUUUCUGCUGGGUCGUGCCCGACUUGAAUACAGAUGUUUUCAACACAAACCGGGUCGCUCCAUCACAUCUGGGUCGAACACACUGCAAAACUCUCACACAAUCAGUUUCCGAUCAGUUCCGCGAAAUAAGGCGUGUGAUUAGGUUAUCUUCAAAUUUCAAAUGUGGAAGUUAAUGGCCUCCCACUAUUGCUAUUACCGUGGACAAGGUGAAAUCAAACCUGCAUCAGUUUGUGAUGGAUCCGUUAGGUUUGUCUUUGCUAACUGUCGCAGGUUUGAAGCGGCGUCCUCUUUCUCCGCUGUCACCGUCGUCUCUACGAGAGAGGCAGAGGAGACGUUGUGGUGCUCACGACUCCACCGAUGGGAACGGAAGCCUGCUUUGCAAAGAGAACCAGAACCCACUUCGGAAAGCACAAACCUUUGGUUCUGGAGGUAAUACCAUACCGGGUAUUUUGCACAAGGGCAGCCUAAAGACUUCCCAAUGUUCUGGUCCAAGCACGGCGGAAAGCGUAGUCAAUUCAGAAAACCAACACAAGUAUUUGAAGGAAACUUGCCCCGCUGAAAGGAAAUCUUUUCUUGGGAAUAGAGGAGAAAACAACCCGACCAGAAUACCUAUUUCAAGAGGUAAUGAUGAUGUGAACCCUGGUAGUGGAACCUCUUUCGGUACUACUGAUGACUUUUCCUCUCCUUCGCAGAGGAGGUUGCGUGACGUUGAUUUGUCUGCUGUUACUCAACGAACACCCCUGGCCCGGCUUAUAGCGAUACAGUCAAAUAAGCAGAGCGUGAGUAACCGUUUUCAACCUACCAUUUUCAACUGUUUUCAAAUAAGCAGUCUCAAGGCUUCCCAGUGUUCUGUUGCAAGCACAGCGGAAAGUUUUCUCCCGGCAGAAAUCGACAAAACUAUGUCAGAGAAUCGCGCCCUUCUCAUGGGAAAACAUGUGGUCAAAAUACUAAUUACUCAGGAGAAGCAUAUUAAUUAUGUUCGCUGUGGUCUGCUAUUUCCGUGUGCUGACUUGAAGAAUGGUUUAUGCCUUGGAACUCCAACUCUCGCCUACAAUUCAUGCCAGAUGCCAUUACAUUCUACCCAAGCAUCAGCUUGCGCUUAGUACACCAUCUGAUCUUCAGUACAAUAAGCCUGGAAGUGUUGGCCAUGCAUCAGGUUCCAGUUCGACUUUUCAGACACAAUGAAUACGAGAGAUUUUUAACAACACCUUUCCCUUAUUAUGGAGCUUCAUUCACUACGGUAACACUCUGUCCAAUUAGUACUCAUAUUUGUGAUGAUGGUGGCUUUCUUCUUAGCAUCACAUCCCUUUAUAACAAGUGAAAUAGUUCUACGUUGGAGCAAACUUUUACAAUAUCUUUUUGCUUUGUUUAAGGUGUGGCAUGUAUACUUAUGGUAGUUCUGUCAGGGCUGCCGAAAGUGGUGCAGUGUGUCCCUGAUCCAAGUUUGCUGAAAUGAACAAGCCGAAGUGACUUGCUCAGCCCCAGAAACCAAUGCCACUGGGAUGCUCUCUGAACUAAAAUUGGUAGCACACCACGGUAUAUUGCAACUGUCUUGGUCAUACGAAUGACCAGAUUCUGCAUAAAGAGGUUGUGGCUAUCUCUGAUAUGCAAUUUUCUAUUGUUAUGAAUUACGGAGUGUUUAUUUCUUCAGUUCAAAUGCAGGCUUCGGCUACAAUUAUAAGAAUUUUCAGUUGCUUGCA